CUCAAUAGUAUUUUUGUGAAUUUCUUUGCACACAAUUGAUGGAUAGUCGAUCAAGUGUUGCAGUGUACCGAGUUCGGCCGGGUAUGGGAGUGUUUGAACGACUUUUUCAAUAGAAAAUCACUAAUAAUUACCAUAUAAACCUAUUCAGUUGUCUAGAGAAUAGUGUGAGCAAUCCAACAAUACGAUUUGCAGCUUUGUAGCACGAGCGAUUGCAAAGUUAUAAGCAAAAGAGUGCCGGCCAACAAGCACGAAUUUCUGCUGAACUAUCACAAUUUUGGCUUGCCACCGCUGCAGCUUCCAUAUCGGUCCGUACAAGUCUAUAUAGGUCGGUUGUUUUCAAUGAAUCUCGAAGCUAUUGAAAGCAAGUUAGCAUCAGCAGCAGCGAUACCACUACUGUCUACUCUACUACUCAACAACAAGAUGUCAGCCGAGACAGCAACCAGUCCAGCGGCAACGGUCCCAGCCGCGUCCACACCGGCCAAGGCGAAGAAGGCGGCCGCAUCGAAAGCAGCAGCCAGCUCCAAGAAGCCGCGUGCCAAGCCAGCACACCCGCCAACCGGCGAAAUGGUGAACGCUGCUAUUGCCGGACUCAAGGAGCGUGGUGGCUCGUCACUGCAGGCGAUCAAGAAGUACAUUGCUGCCAACUACAAGGCCGACGCAGAGAAGCUGGCGCCGUUCAUCAAGAAGUACCUGAAGACAGCCGUCGCAUCGGGAGCUCUCACCCAGCCGAAAGGCAAGGGUGCCGCCGGCUCGUUCAAGAUCUCGGUGAAGGAAGCAGCCAAGGGUGCUGCCCCGAAGCCGGCUAGUGCCAAGCCGAAGUCAGCUCAGCCAAAGAAGAAGAAGCCCACUGCUGCCGGAGCAAAGCCGAAGAAGGCCGUUGCCUCGGCUACAAAGAGCAAGGCAACGUCUGCUGCCGCCGGUGAGAAGAAGAAGGCCGCAGCUAGCAAGCCAGCCGCCGCGAAGAAGAGCAGUGCUGCUGCUUCGGCAGCCAAGUCCAAGUCUCCUAAGGCGAAAAAGGUCACCAAGCCGCCUACCAAGAAGCCCAAGUCGCCGAAGCCGAAGAAGGCAGCCGUCGCCAAGAAACCAAAGAAGGCUACUGUCACUAAGAAGAAGUAAAUUCUUCUACGGACCUACCACACACCAGCCAGCCGAGGGGCCUGCCGCUGUCGUCGCAAGCACUUCACAUAAAAACGGCUCUUUUCAGGGCCUCCA